GCGACAAAGUAGCCAAGUUGGCAACAAUGGGUGGUUGGCUUGUUAAGGUAGCCUACACCUUGCCUCUUCGUGCUCACUGUUCUGUGGCAAGCAGCCACAGUGAUUUACGUGUCAGUAGCCGCUGUUAUUACGGCCUUGAUGUUAGUGCGUAGCGACUGAAAUCGCUACAAUAUAUAUGCAGUUGUUGACUCGUAUUAAGAUGAACGGCUGUAUUUCGUUUAGAUGAAAUACUUUCUCCUCUGCUUCAUUUCACCUUCGCUUUCGGUGAGGGGAAUUGCGUGGUCAUUCCAUCCGGAGGAAACUUCCAUUUAGCUGAAGCGUCAACAUGGUGAAAUGCUGUGGUCUGGUUGCGGACAAGAAUGAGCCAGUUCCUCUGAAGAGCGUGGCGGUGGAUGUGCGUGUGCAGGGACAUGUAGCCACAGUGACCUCCACUCUGCUGUAUCUGAAUGGAGAAGAGCGCCCCCUGGUGGCUGUGUUUGUGUUCCCCCUACCUGAAGAAAGUGCCUUCUGCCACUUCAGCGCCAAAUUAGGAGACACAGAGGUGGUGGCAAAGCUGCAGGACAAACAGAAGGCACGGGAGCAGUAUGAUGAUGCGUUGAGCUCAGGCCAUCAGGCUUUCCUGCUGGAGGAGAGUGAUCAGAGCUCAGACUGGUUCCAGGUGAACGUGGGCAGCCUGCCUCCAGGAGAGAGCGCUGCCAUCACUCUGGUCUACAUCUCAGAGCUGGCCAUGCAAGCUGAUGACGCCCUGCGCUUCUGUCUGCCCGCUGUGCUCAACCCCCGCUACACACCCCAGGAAAUGGACAGUAGUAAAAUGGCCACUGUGCCCGACACUUUGGCUCUGAGUGCUCACCUAUCCUCCCCCCAGCCCAUCUCUAAAGUGGAGUCCAACUGUGCUCUGGAGCCACUGGUUUACCUAAACGCAGACGAAACUCAGGCCACGGUGAGUCUCUCUUCAGGCCACGUGUUUGAUCGGGAUGUGGAGCUGUUGCUGUAUUACCAGGAUGCUCAUGAGCCCACUGCCAUAGUGGAGGGUGGACAGGACAGUGCUGAGCCAGGCUCUUUGAUGGGUGACCCUUUGGUUAUGCUUAGCUUUUACCCAGAGUUCCCUGCUGCAGUAACAUCCACACUUGCCACCUCUGGAGAGUUUAUUUUUGUGGUGGACCGAUCAGGCAGUAUGGACUGCAGAAUGCACUCAGGAAAUGACGCAAAGAUGCGCAUCGAGAGUGCCAGGGACACGCUGCUCCUUCUCUUGAAGAGCCUUCCCAUGGGCUGCUUUUUCAACAUCUACGGCUUUGGAUCCAGUUUUGAAAGUUUCUUCCCGAAGAGCGUGGAAUACAACCAGUACACAAUGGAUGAGGCUCUUCAGAAAGUGAAUGGAAUGAAGGCAGAUAUGGGGGGCACAAACAUUUUGGAGCCUCUGCAACACCUCUACAGCCAGCCCUGCAUUCCCAGUCACCCCAGAGAGCUCUUCAUUUUCACUGAUGGAGAAGUGGGAAACACUAAGCAGGUUUUGGACUUGGUGAAGCUGAGUGUAAAUUCUCACCGGUGCUUCUCUUUUGGUAUCGGAGAGGGCGCCAGCAUUGCUUUAAUCAAUGGCUUAGCCCAGGAGGGCUCUGGGCAUGCUCAGUUCAUCACCGGAACAGACCGCAUGCAGCCCAAGGUGAUGCAGUCUCUCCGCUAUGCACUGCAGCCAGCAGUGAAGGACAUCUCUGUUGACUGGGACCUUCCAGAUGGUGUGUCAGUCACCACUUUGUCUCCUCCACUCAAUGUGCUCUUCCAUGCCAAAAGGGCUCUGCUGUAUGCUCAGCUCGAAGGAGAGAGCUCAGGGAAUCCUGAGGGAUCUGUGACAAUACAGUACAACCUGUUGGAGGAGACGGUCAAAAACCAACUCGGCUUCUGUCUCAAACCCGCAGGAGACACAGGAGAGACUCUCCACCGGCUGGGGGCUCGGGCCCUGAUUCGCUCGCUGGAGGUGGAGGAGAGGGCAGGAGGGCCAGAGGCGGCGGCCCUGAGAGAGAAGCUGCUGCAGCUCAGCCUGCAGUCUGGAGUCGGCAGCACACACACCGCCUUCAUCGCCAUCCACAAGGGCAGCGGACAGGCUGUGCAGGGACCACUGCUCCGCAGAACCAUACCAACCCCAAGUUUCAGGAGGUCUGGUUUUGGUGGACCUAUGGCCAUGUGCUCUUCAAUGGGACCAAUAGUUCCUAUAGGUAGAAUGUCCCCAAGGCCUCCGAGGAGUGGAAUGAGUGAAAUGGAUAAUCCAGAGACAUUUGACAUGGAAGGCCGUGCUAUGCUGGAUGACGAAGGCGGGUUUGAUGUCCAAGAUCCCCUCCUUCAGCUGAUCUCUCUCCAGAAAGCCUCGGGGUCAUGGGAAAUGGACUCCUCAAUGGCUAAAGUGUUGGUGAAGUCAGAUGACGAGUUGGCCAAACUGAUGCCAUUGGGGGCAGACAAGGCUGUGUGGGCUACAACUCUGGCUCUGAUUUGGCUCUAUGGUUUGCGGCUGGAGGCCCAGGAUGAAUGGCAGUUUGUAGCCAUGAAGGCAGCAUCCUGGAUUCAAGCUCAGAAAGUGGGCUGUGUGUCUCAGUGUGUGCAGGCUGGAAAUGCUCUGCUAGGAUGCCAGGUGCAGCAGGAGACCCUAGGGCUCUGAGGUGACCAUGGACGAAUUAUGAAACCAUGGGCCCCUGGGCCUGGACAUGUAAAAGCCCUCCCCACCCCCCCUCUGUAUGCGCUCUGAGCUCAUGGGCUCAUGGGCCCCUGGGCCCGUUCGGUAAUCCAUCCCUGGAGGUGACCAUACCUGUCGUUCUGUAGAAUGUGUCAUUAAUUAAAUGUCACAUAAACACAUCGGACUCAUCACUGAUUCAGAUGACAAAUUGUAGUCCUGCCCAGAUAGUUUCCUGUUCUAUUUGUUCCCGAUAAUAAAAUAUUUGUUGUGCUUUC